AACCAGAGUAUUCUUGAGCAAAAUCUUAUUCUGCGCAUUCUCGUAGAUCGUGUUUCUGAACAAAGAUGAAGUUCCAGAUACUUCUGCUUGCUUGUGCUGUUCUGAUUGCCACUAAUGUCUAUGGCAAAGCACAACCUCCGCUGGGAGAUUCAGAUAAAUCUUCAGUGAAUAAAGGUCAUACACUGCUGUCCCGUCAAUGCAACUGCAUUGAGAGAAGAAAUGGUCAGAAGCAAAACUGUCCUUGCUCACCGCCAUCUCAACGCACAAUCCUCAGCGAAAAGCGGAGGGACUUGUGCAAUAAGAAAGGGAUUAAGACAAUUAAAAAAUGCAGACAGCUGAUUCAUCAAAACAUCAAGAAAGAAAAGAAAAGCAACAAAGCCAUGGGUACUCCAUUUUAACCAUCUCGCCAACAUCUUCAGCAACCACAUUUUAAUAUUUGUGCUUCUUUAUGCAAAAUAGUAUCUAAAAUAAAAAAUACUAUAUACAAAGUUAAUUUUGCAUCUAUUGUUUUGUCUAUUAAUUUGUAUGUAUUGUCC